AUGGCUGCCGACAUGAACCAAUGCCCCUGCGCCGCCGCUCCCAGUCCUUUUCCAGACACAAAUAGUAACUUAGAGAAGCUGCUACCAUUUCGGAUCGGAGCUCUGGUCGUCGUAGCCGUGGUCAUGCUGUUCGUCCUGCACGUCCUCGGCUCCUUACGCCGGAGGUCGAGCAACAAGGCCCUCCACGGCGUCGUGGUGGGGGCCUACUCCCUCUCCUACGCGCUGGUCAGCUACACCCUCGGCCUGAUGCAGUCUUCCACGUACUACGUCGACGAGUUCCCCAUAUGGGCGGUGUGCCUGCUCAUGCUCGUCGGCAACGCCGACUGCCUGACGGCCAGCAGCCUCAACGACAUCGAGAGUUGGAAGAGCUACAUCGUGAAGCACCUCAUCCACGGAAUGUGGGGGGUGUGGAUCGUUGUGUACUUCGGCUUGCUGCCGGGGGCGUCGGACUUCCCGGUGACCAUGAAGGUGGCGCUCUGGUUCAUGCUGUUCAUCAUCCUGCUCAAGUCGUACGCGCGGAUCGCAUCCAUGAGGAUGGCGCGCAAAUCUUACAUGCUCUGCAAGAACAUGAAGCGGAUCGCAGACUACAUGCAGGAGGAUGUGCUACGGGCAUGCGAUGAGAGGCCCGACCCGGUGACCAUGCAAGGCUACCGGUACGUGGUCUCCGGCGAGCGCAAGCAGAAAUUCCUCGUGAAGCGACCCGAGUACGUGUUAUCUUACGACAGGCAGUGCGUGAAGAUGACCACCGUGGAGCAGAUCUGGUCGUGCACGGGCAGCCUCCUGAGUUCUGACGGCGGCGGGUUGCUCAAGGACAUGUGCCUCUCCAUGGCCUUGUCCAAGAUGCUCAACCGAAGGUUCGCUGGUUUCGAGCUAGUCGAGGCGGAGCUCGAGAAGACCCACGAUUUUGUGUUCCGCGGGCUGCUCGCCGGCGACAAGCAGAAGCAGUGCGAGCGGGUGUUCAGGGUCGUGGAAGAAGAGCUUGCUUUCGUCCAUGACUUGUACUACACAAGGUACCCUUAUCUCUACCACAAGGGUCGCUACUUCGCCUUCUACUUGCCCUUCGCCAUGAUUGGCCUCUGCCUCUGGGUCAUUCACCUGCUCUUCGAGAAGAACAAGUUCCCGUUGUUGACCACUACCACAAUGGUUUUAAUGGUGGUGGUGGCAUUCUUGGAGCUAUUCCAGCUGUACCUGUACGCGGCAUCAGGGUGGUGCAAGGUGGCGUUGAUAAGGAGCUACGCCGCCAUGCCUGCGUCUGCGUUGCAAAGGAACGGCUUCUGUCAGAUGCUUAUUGGUCUUCUAUUGAGGUUGAAGGCGCUUCGCCCGUGGGAGGACAAGCUCGGCCAGUACUCUCUCAUCGACGCGUUCGACCGAACGCGUCGUGCUAGCAAGUGCCUGCACUGCAUGACAUGCUGCCUAGUCGACAAGCCUAAGAAGGGUCGCCACAGAGCCAAGCCUGUCAAGGUGUCGAGGCAGCUGAAGCAAGCAGUCGUCGAUUCUCUCAUCGAUAGCGAGGGCCGCCUCACCAAUGGGGUCAGAUCCCUGAGAAACAAUGGCGUCGAGCAACUAUUGGAGAGGGCUAGCAACAGAACGACGACGACCCACACCGUUCUGGUGUGGCACAUUGCUACAACCCUCUGCAAGCACAGCCUCGAUGAGCAAGCAACAGACGGGCGGCUGCCCGGAAAUGAUGGAAGCACGAUUGACACGGACUCCUCGGUGGCCUCCAGCUUGUCGCUCUACUGCGCGUACCUCAUCGCCUUCGAGCCGGAUCUCUUGCCCGAUCACAGCUCCGUUUCGACAUUGAUACUCGGGGAAUCCAUCAGAGAAGCGCGCAAGCUGCUCAAAGGGGCCAAGACCAUGAAGCGCAAGUAUGAGAAGCUCAUGGACAUCAGUGAUGACCGGUCUGCCGCCGGCGACGUGUCGCUCGUCGUGGAGGGCGCUCGACUUGCGAGAAGGCUGAACGAGGACAUCCCAGACCCGGCGCGACGCUGGAGGAUCCUCUCCGAGUUCUGGGCGGAGAUGAUGCUGUACCUAGCGCCCUCCGACAACGCCCGGGCGCAUCUGGAGGCUCUGGCGACAGGAGGUGAGUUCAUCACGCACCUCUGGGCGCUGCUCACCCACGCCGGCGUGCUGCAGCGAGAUCGUGGCGCUGGCGGGCCACAGGCUGCUGUCUAA